CACACGAUUUCCCAUCAGAGAACAGCCCUCUGUCACAUGGUGCACUGUUGUUUUUAUUUAUUAUUUAAAUAAGAAACAAAACUGGACGCAAACACUGAGCUUCACCUUACUCCUGCAGAAAGUAAACCCGGCGCGGGCAUCCUCCUCCUCCUCUCCGUUUCCCGCAGAAGUGGACUAUUUUUUUGCGGUGUUUUUUUUGCGUUGUUUUAUAGCGCUAUGAAGUGAAACUCCGCCAUAUUCAGCCCACCACGCCCGGAGAGACAGAGACAGAGACACAGACUCACUCUCGCCGCUUCACUCUUAAGUUGUUUUUGCAGAAAACUUAAUUUCCUCUUCGCAGGAGAGGAACAAGGUGAAGUGUUAUCCAGGAGAAAUGACUCUGAGCUCCGUGGGGGCUUGCUGCCUCAGCCCGGAGGCCAAAGAGGCUCGCCGGAUCAACGAUGAGAUCGAGAGGCAGCUCCGCCGGGACAAGAAGGACUCCCGACGGGAAUUCAAGCUCCUUUUGCUCGGGACUGGUGAAAGUGGGAAGAGCACUUUCAUCAAGCAGAUGAGGAUCAUCCACGGCCGUGGAUACUCUGACGAGGACAAGAGAGGCUUCACUAGGCUGGUCUACCAGAACAUCUUCACAGCCAUGCAGGCCAUGAUCCAGGCCAUGAACUCAUUAAAGAUCCCCUACAAGUAUGAACACAACAAGGAAAACGCCAUUAUAGUCCGAGGGGUAGAUGUGGAGAGGGUCACAACGUUAACAAACCCUUACGUGGAUGCCAUCAAGUGCCUGUGGAGCGACCCUGGGAUUCAGGAAUGUUACCAUCGCAAGAGGGAAUACCAGCUCUCUGAUUCUGCCAAAUACUAUCUGAAUGACUUGGAGCGAAUUGCUGGUACUGGUUAUCUGCCAACUCAGCAGGAUGUCCUGAGGGUCAGGGUGCCCACAACAGGUAUUAUAGAGUACCCCUUUGACCUUGAGGAUGUGGUCUUCAGGAUGGUGGAUGUGGGCGGCCAGCGGUCCGAGAGGAGGAAGUGGAUCCACUGCUUCGAGGAAGUCACGUCAAUCAUGUUCCUGGUGGCGCUCAGCGAGUACGAUCAGGUCCUUGUUGAGUCCGCCAAUGAGAAUCGAAUGGAGGAGAGCAUGGCCUUGUUUCGUACGAUCAUAAACUACGAGUGGUUCGAAUCAUCCUCGGUCAUGUUGUUCCUCAACAAGAUAGACUUACUGGAGGAAAAAAUCAUGCAAUCGCAUUUGGUAGACUACUUCCCUGAAUAUGAUGGUCCCCAGCAGGACGUCAAAGCAGGAAAAGAAUUCAUCUUAGACAUGUUUGUCAGCCUCAAUCCAAACCUGAAAAAAAUCAUCUACUCCCACUUCACCUGUGCCACAGACACAGACAACAUUCGAUUCGUCUUCAGAGCAGUGAAGGACCACAUCUUGCAAAUCAACCUGGAGGUCUACAACUUGGUUUAAAACGGUGGCGUUGCAGCUGGAAUUCGAUCGGCUUUGUUCAGCUGGCAGUCCGGAGAGCUCUGCAGUGAUUCAGUUUGCCUCACACUGCUGCCGAACACUAUAAUCCACAACAGGAAAUUGAGAAGCUACAGAGCUUGUCGCCAAAUGACUGUACUACUGAUAUAUUUCAAAUUUCCCUGUUAGGCACUUUGAAAAUGGAUGUCUCCAGCUAUAAUGAAGUGUGUCCUGACAAUUAAAGUGCUGCCUAAGUGAGGAGUCUAUUACAGUAUGCACUCUGAAAUUUAUGGAGCUCUUAACGUUUUUCGAGCAGCAACAGCAUAAAUGCACAUGGAUGAAUUAAGAGGGAAAAAAGUAUUUCAGUGGCCUCAAAAAGCCUCCGAGGACUUGUAAUGUACUAGGUCUCUCCUUCAGGGAAUCUGUGGAAGUGAAUGUAGACUAACUGCAAUGCAGCACCUCACAUCACUAACCCAAGUUGUUCGUACUUUUUUAUUUUUUUAUUUUACUUUUUUAAGUCAGAAACUGUUUUAAAUACUCUAAACACUUAGUUUGUGUCUUGGCUUAAUGGCAAACGAGUCAUAAAUUACACUAAUAACACAUUAACUUUAUUACAUAGCUAUUAGUGCUGAUAUUCUGUUCGUGUGUACCGCACUGUGUUGGGUAUUAUCAUUUCCACACGCUCAUUUUAAGUUUAACAAGACAUUUUACACUUACGCAUUUGUCUGUGACUGCAUUAUUCAGUCCAAAACUACUUUUUGUGUGCACAGCAUCUAUGUAUUUUAACCGAUACAAGUUUUUUUUUUCUUAAAAGCUGUAGAAUCAAGCGUUCAGGGACUAUUUGAGUAGGUGUCUUGCUUAAAAACACAUUUGUUAUAAUGUCUGUAGAGCUUUCGCCACUAUUUAUCUAAAUGCAUAUUAUAAACAUCACACGGUACAUUAAUGGUGAAACAUUUUUCACCUUAGCUUGCAUCAAGGUCAGUGUUGAGAAGCUAACUGCUCAAGAGAGAACUGUUAUGUUAAAUAAUCUCUGAGGCAUUAAACUAGUUCAUUCGUAAUCUCUUUUUUUUAUUAUUAUGCUGUUCAAAGGUAUCAAAUGCAUGACUAAAAAGCUAAUGAGAGCACAUCCAUGGCACGAAUGUUUACACAACCCUUUUCUUCUCAUAAUUACAGCCUAAUUUAAACAGUUUAAUUUAUGGUUAGAUUUCACUGUCGCUGCCAUAUCGUAAUGCAGUCUUAGUGUUGUUAAUGUGAUCCGAUAAAUAAACAGUUUUG